AUGCAGCGGCGGCAACGCAUGCAGGUUCCCGCGAGCUACCAGGAGUGCGACCUCACGUACUCGUGGAGGACGGCUCAGCACGCGCCCGCGGCGCUGAGCCGCGCGUCGGUGCAGCACCGCGACCUGGACCCGGGGGCGCUCCUCGACCACGACGUCGUGGCACCGCGCCCGCCGCGCCCGCUCACGCACGCGCUUCCCACUCCCCCUUUCCACCACGUCCAUCACUACCCGCACGACCGACUGCCCCCGCCGAUGUACGCAGUCCCGAUGGCGAUGCCGUGGGAGACGGCGAGGGGGGGACCGCACGUUCCGCCUCCGCCGCAGCCGCCCCGAACCCCCGCGCCGAGGCCGGCGGCGCCCACGCUGACCCAGGCGCGACGAGCGGAGCCCUUCGUGCCCGCGCGGACCACGACGCGGCGGAGCGUCGACGACGCGCGCGAUCGGACGCGGUCACGAUCGAACCCUCCCGCGAUGUCCGUGCGGCCCGACACAUCCUCGUCGAGCGACGACGACGACGACGACGACGACGAGGGGCGCCAGUCGCGGGUCGCCUCGGGAGCGACGAAGGAGCGGGACCGGUUCGAAAGCCCGGGCUGGCCGCCGCCGCCGCCGCCGCUCCGGCCGUACCCGACGCCCUCGAACGGGCACGACCGCGCCGAGAUCGUCGUCGAGGUCGACUCGCGCGCGGUGUUCCGACGACCGACGGCGCCGAACCCCUUCAAGGCGGCGGCGAAGGCGAAGGCGGCGGCGGCGGCGAGAAGGGCGGCGGAGGCAAAGGCCGGGGGCGGCGAAGUUUUCAAACCCGAAGGUACGUCGGGUUCGCGCGGCUGGUGGCCCAGCCUCGACGGGUCACCUCUCGAAGCCGCUCUCGACGCCGUCGGGGCGGGGACGAUCGCGGAGAAGGAGAACGACGGGGGCGCUUUCGCGCGACGGAGGGCUUCCACUCGCGAGUCCGAAGAAUUCGGGUUUCACGAUUACUACUCCGAGGUGUUGCGAGCUCCGUAUGUACCGACGCCGCCGAGGUCCGAGUUGGUCGAGCCGGUGGGGGCGUGGGACUUCCCGGGUUCGAAUCCCUCGACGGACAGCCUCGACGAACGUCCGGCGAUGUACCCCCACGGCUUCGUCCCCUCGAGGAAACCGAAGGAACGCGCGAAACCCAAGCGGAGACCGAAAAAGCCCCCCGCCCGCUCGACCGCCGAGUACCAGCCCGCGCUCAACUGGAAACCGCAGGGCCUGACGGCUCGAACGAACGCGACGAGAGGCGCCGUCGGCGGCGGCGCGUGGCACGCGUCGUCGCACGACCCGUCCUUACCGAGGUGCACGUUGUGCGGGAUCAACCUGACGGGCGAGUGCCUCAGGGCGCAGCACGACGCGGGCGCGCGGCACCGAGAAAACGUGGCCAACAUCCUCGAGACGCAGAUGCGCCGCGACUGUCGACACGCCGACGUGGCGCCGGAGUGGCGGGUGGUGGAGGCCAAGGCGAGGAUCGAACGGUCGGUGACGAACAUGACGCGGCAGGGUAAGAAUCCGUGGGUGGCGCAGAAGAUGGGGUUCUUCGACGGGCAAGGGUGGUCAAAGUGA